GUAUUUCGUCACUGUUGCUGGGGAAAUAUUUCUUAAUUCUUUUCAAAUGUAUAUUUACUCAAAAUACAAAAAGUACAUUGAUCCAGGAGGUGUAGUAGUCAUGGAUGUGGUUAUAACAGAGGCAAGAGACGUAAUGAGAAAUGUCCCCUCUCUGCAGCGCCCCCUGCACCACUGUUUGGUGUCCUGCAAUGCGCUGGCGUGUGGGCGCGGACGUGCACGCACUCGAGCAACAGAUCCGAGCGCAUGCGCAAAUCAUUGUUUUGACUGAAAAUGCCGUCGGUUUCGAAAACGGCGGCCAAUGCGUCUCCUCAAACCGAGAAACCUACCCACUAUACAUACUUGAAGGAGUUCAGGACAGAGCAGUGCCCGUUGUUCCUCCAGCACAAGUGUACGCAGCACAGACCCUUUACGUGCUUUCACUGGCAUUUUCUCAACCAGCGGCGAAGACGCCCCAUAAGAAGAAGAGACGGGACUUUCAACUACAGCCCCGACGUGUACUGCACGAAAUACGACGAGACCACAGGCAUUUGUCCAGAUGGAGAUGACUGUCCUUACUUACACCGGACCACUGGUGACACAGAGCGCAAGUACCAUCUACGCUAUUACAAGACAGGCACUUGUAUCCAUGAGACAGAUGCUCGAGGGCAUUGUGUGAAGAAUGGCCUCCACUGUGCUUUUGCUCACGGGCCACAUGAUCUCCGACCUCCAGUCUAUGAUAUCAGAGAGAUCCAAGCACAAGAGGCCCUUCAAAAUGGACAGCUGGGAUCUGGAGAAGGUAUUCCUGAUUUGCAGCCUGGUGUGUUAGCCAGCCAAGCUAUGAUUGAGAAAACGCUGACAGAAGACCCUCGGUGGCAAGAUACCAACUUUGUUUUAGCCAAUUAUAAAACAGAUCAGUGUACUAAGCCCCCAAGACUAUGCAGACAGGGCUAUGCUUGCCCCCACUACCACAACAGUAGAGAUCGAAGACGAAAUCCACGAAAGUUUAAAUAUAGGUCAACUCCUUGCCCAAAUGUGAAACAUGGGGAUGAGUGGGGCGAGCCCUCAAAGUGUGACAGUGGAGACAGUUGCCAGUAUUGUCACUCUCGCACUGAACAGCAGUUUCACCCAGAGAUCUACAAAUCUACUAAAUGCAAUGACAUGCGACAAACUGGAUACUGUCCCAGAGGACCAUUUUGUGCAUUUGCACAUGUAGAAAGAAUUCCCUCCACAGAGGAGACCAUGAGUUCAUUGCUAACGGCGAUACAGUCGAGCUCACAGUCCCAGCUGGGCUCUCAGCAAUAUUCAGAGUGUCCAGUCAGUGAGUGGAACAGUGGAGGAAACUCCACCACCAGCGCAACCAGUAGCAACGGACAAGUGGGAAGUGUUUCAUGUUCUAAUAGCUCAACUGUAACGCCAAGCUCAGGAAGCGACAGUUUGUUAUCCCCAGUGGGAUCCAUCAGCAGACCCAAAUCCUUAACUAAUAGUAGUUUAUGUUCAGAGUCCACCACAUCCAGUGUCUCAUCUCUGACGUCUAACUAUCCUAAAGCUCCGGGCUUUGAACGUGAGGAUCAGAUCAAGAACAAGGGGCAGGUGGAUCAAAAAUUGAUGGACCAAGAAAAACAGACACAAAAUACUGUAUUCUCUGCGGUGAACCCUUUGGCAUCAAGCUUUACCUCCAGUAUAACAUCCAGCUUGGCCUCUAGUAUUGGCUCAGAUAGUUCUUCACCGACCACCUUAUCCACGAUGAAUGCAAAAGCCACUCCUUUCUAUCCAGGGAGCAACACGGUGGAGUCUGUCAUAGGAUCCGCUCUGGACAUCAAUUUUAGUGACAUAAAUGUUGCAUCUCUUGAUAAGGAGCUAGAAGAGCAAGACAACAAUGUUGGGUUGGCAAGUCAAAGGGUGCUAGGUGGAUCUGCUCCUGUUAACAUUCCCGGCUCCCUGGCACGAUCGUCCUCCUUUAAUUCCUCGUCAUCGCUCUCCACCUCCCCGUUAAGCUCCCUUUCCCAGUCCCUGUCGCAGUCCCUCCUGUCUGGGGCAGUAUCGCAGCAUAAUCAACCUUCAAAUCUGUUAGCCAAGCAAGAGCAUGGCCUCCUGGGAACACCCACCUCCUCUUCCCAGAACUCUUUGGGCUUAAAUGGAGGAGCCAGCAGCAUUUGGGAUUUUGUAAGUGGCAGCUUUUCACCGAGUCCAUCUCCAGUUUUCAGCAGCCUAACCUCCACAACCAGCAGUGCUGAUCUGGCCCGCCUUUUUAGAGAACUGGACGAGGCCAAGAGGAAGAUCAAACAAUGGGAGGAGGCCUGGCAUCAGGUCAAACAAGCGUGUGAAGCAUGCCAGAAAGAAGCUCACGAAGCAAAGGAACAAGCAAAAACAGCCGAGGCGGAGCGGCAGCUGGCAGAACAGAAGUGGGAGGAAACAGAGCGCAAGCUGAAAGAGCUCCAAGGGGACUUUGAUGUGCUUUGUCGCACCCCUGGAACACCUCUUCUGCGUAGCUAUGGCGAGCUGGACCAGCUCCCCUUGUCAAAGCUUCACUCCAUCCAGAGUCAGCUGCGUAAUGACCUAGACCUUAUAGACGGGGUAAUAUAUCAGCUUCAGUCAAAGAAAUGUAUAGUUUGCCAAAAGCAUGAUCGUUGCAUUGUUCUGCAGCCUUGCCAACAUUAUGUACUAUGUGAGAACUGUGCACCUAGUAAAACAGAAUGUCCCUACUGUAGAACGAAAAUAUUGAAGUGGUGAUGUACAAUUACUCAAGGUACUAUUUAAAGAAUUAGCCCUUUGAAAAACUACUAAUAGAUAUUACAUUUUCUAAAUAGCAAUGUCUGUUUCAUACAGUGAUUGACUUAAUUUAGAACAAAAUGAUGUUUGACUGACAAAACAAAUAGUAUUACAAAUCAGGUUAUAUACAGGGAAUUCAAUCAUUGUAGCUUUUGCUCAUUUUAUGUGAACAUGACCUCCAUCAACCAGAUAGCUUUCUCAAUCCUGCGUUGCCCUUCCAAAUCUUCAAUUAUGAUUCAGACCCUCUGAAGGACGUACGUCUUAUGUCCAGAGAUGUCUACAUUUGGUAUACAUUUAAUGUAUUUUGGCUAAAGACAGUUUCAGUUGUGCUUUCCCCUAACAUAAUGCAAAUAUGCAUUGCCAACCUGCCAUAUUGCUCUUACAGUAAAUGCAAAAUUUAUGACAAAUAAAAUACAACAGGACCAAUAAACUCGGUUUAAAGCUUAAUACAUAAGGUUAUUAAUGAGUGUGAGUUUGUUUUUCUGGCCACACAUCUUGCUCUCUAAUCUCCCAAGGUAGCAUCUUCUUAAUUUAAUGCACUUAAAGUCAGCAAAUGUGAAGGCAUUUCAACCCACAUCUUUCCAGAAAAUCCUGUGGAAAUGUACUUUAACAGUCUAUCACAACUGAAAAUGGAUAUAUCAGAGUUUUAAAAUGUAUAUAAAAACUCUGGCUGUGACAUACUGUAAGUCUUAAGUGGAAAAGGUUUGUUGAACAAAUUAUCCUUCGAUAUUAAAAUGAGCUGCUCUGUAGAUCACUGACCUUAUGGAUCAAAUUUGUCUAAAUUACAAACAAAGCCAAUGUUGAUAGUUUCCAAAAAUAACCAGUGUCAUUUCCGCUUGAGAUCUCAAAUACAAGGAAAUCACUAUAAAUGUUAGAAACAUACUGCUAGGAAAUGGUGAGUUUAUAUAUAAACUGGUCUGGUGAUGUUAAACAUAAAAUGGGCAAAUCUCAAAGCUGAUUUUUAUUGAAGAGGAAAUCUUUUUUUUUUUUUUUUUUUUGUUAGCCUAAUUAGGCUGGAAAUCCAGACAAAAAAGUGUGUUUUCACAUCAUUUCACGGAGCACACAGCUUCCAGAACUGUCCAGUGAUGAUCCACGUCAUUGUAUCAGAAAGCACUACAAUGUUUAGAAGCUCCGUGCUCUCAGGAAUGAAGACAUGAACACACAUGUAUUUUUGCAUUCAAUACUUUGUAGAGUAAUGAAAGGAAAAAUAAUUAUCUUUGGCCAAAGUGUUCAACAGCAAAGUCUCCAUAUGCAGAUUUGUAACAUGUUUCACAUCUGAUGAGUUAUUAGUGCUGAAUGAAGACCUGUGUCUAUAAAUCAGCAGCAGUAAAUCAGAAACACAUGAAUGCUGUAGUUUAUCAGUGUUCCUCUUUAAGUAAAGCAGCAUUUUGUUAAACCCCAACUUUUCAGUGACAUUUACUGCAACCAGUCAAGCAUCAUUAUUUUGACCAACUUUUUGAAGAAGUUUGAUUUCUUAUUAAAGCACUUUGUUGACCUGGGACUUUAUUAAAGGGUAUAUAGAAUUUUGCUUUAAGCUGCUUUGUAGGUAUUCUUUUGUGUCUUUUUUUAGAUUUAUACUUUUUUUUUUCUAUAUAAGCUAAUGUCUGAAGCAUUUGUGUGUACUGUGAAACAUAAUUUGAAUAUUUCAUGUUUCCUAUUGUUAAAUCAUGGCAUGGUUCUACAUAUUAAGAUUUCAUAGAAAAGUACUUAAUAGUUUCUACUUUCAUAGUUAGAUUUAUAAAAUUUCAAUCAAAUAAGUGCAAAUUUAAAAUGCAUUUUAGGCAUAACCAGCAGCUGUAAUAUCAGUAAGGCACAUGCUACAUGUUAAGGCUGUUCAAUCAGUUAGUUUUGUUUUGUAGAGAUUUAUAUAGCCUAGCUAUUAGAGAAGCAUGUAUUGUAUUUGCUAAAAAGCCUGAAAUGGUGAUUUUUGUAGGAAUCUAGCCUCUUGACCUUGUCUAGAACAUAUCGGCCUCUAACUCUAAAGUGCCUUGCCUUAGUUGAAAAGGAUAUGUGUAGAAUUGUCAGAGCAAACACAAGUAGUUGAAGCUUGUGCACAGGUUUCUGCAAAAUGUGUCUUGUUUAACUUUGCAGAAGCAUCGACAUGUGUAUGACUAUAUGUGUAUAUAUAAAUAUAUGCCAGUGUAUUCGGCCAAUCCCAUUAAGUAUUUCUGCGGAAGUUAAUUGAAAACAAGCAUUGUCAGUGCCUGUGUCCUGACUUCAACCUUAGAAACGAACCGCCCCUCUCCCCUCCAACGACCCACCCGCUCAUUCCUUGGUCGUGGUGCUCUUUUGGUGCAGCUUCAGUCUUUGAAAUUAGUUUUUUUUUUUUUUUUUUCAAUUUAAUGUUUGGGAGUAUGCAAACAUAGAACACAUGGAUUUGUAUAGCAACAUAUAAAAAUGCUUUUUAAACAGUUCACUAACAUUAAUUAGUUUUAUUGUAAUAAUUCUGCAGCGAAUGAAGAAUUCUGUCGUUAACUUGUAGGUUGGAUUUUGCAAAGGAUUAGUGCUUAGGUUCCUCUAAUUGAAAUGACCUUCUACUGUGUUAAAAAAUCUUUUUAUUCUUGCUUUAAAUUCAAUAGAAAAUCAUGUAUCUCCAGGUACACCUUUUGCUACUUACAAAUAUGGGAAAAUGCAUUGUUUACAUUCACAUAAAUGUCGAUUAAGCAACUCAGAGGAAAACUAUCAAGAAAGGUUAUGGUAUUUUAGCAUUUUCAUGACUAUAUUUCAGCAUAAAAGGCAGGCUAAACACUUCUGGUAUUGCAUGGUAUGCGAUAUAUUAACCAGCUACAAAAAAAAAAAAAAGAAAGAAAAAAAAAAAAGUUCGCACUGUGUCACACUGCCAGAAUAUUUGUAUUGACUUAUUUUUAGUGUAGUAAAGGCUUAAUAACUUCUGCAAGCUUCGCUGCUACUGGAAAAGGUAUUAAUGUAGUUUCUUGUUAUACAUUUAGAUGUUUGAAUGUUGUGCAUCCACAGGUCAGAUUUCAGAAACUAUGAAAUAAUCUGUCUUCUGCAUUUAACUUGACUAAAUCUUAUUUGAUUGAAUUUUUCAUUUGUAAAUCCAUUAGAGUCAAAGUUUCAGUACUUUUGUAAAUCACCUAGAAUGAUGUCACAGACCUCUACUGCUGUAGAUGAUCCCUUUUUUUGAAUUGAUUGAAGGUAAAUGUAUUUUUGUUGGAAUUCUUUUCCCUCCAUACACUGGAUAGCAGUGUACGGUGCAGCUAAUUUCACAGGGUCCUCUGGUCUGUUUUGUUAACGCCUGUGAAGCCAACUAAAUUAAUGAUGUCUAGUGUGAAAAUCUAAAAGUGAACCAAAGUGGUGUUUUAGUAGCUGUCCAAAUAUGUAUUCUAAAGAGAAAAUUUGCCCUCGAACAGAAUUCAAAUAUUUGCUAUGGUAUUGGAAAGAUCAGCCUGUAGCUGUGAACGGGGCAGGUCAGAGCACCGAGAUUAUGUAGAUGAAACUGAGACGAAGUCCAGCAUUGUGAGUGGCAGGAAUUCUGUUUUUGGAUGGAUUUUUGCUUUAAUAUUUCAUUCAGUAGGACAUAUAUCCUCUUAGUGAGUAAACAACAGGACUAUGCCAACGGCUUUUGCUUACAACAUUAAUGGACUUGAGCCCAUUUUUUGCAGUUUUACCAAAGACCUGUACUAUUGUUAUUUCUUUUGUACUACAUUUCAUCAUUACUUUUAUUUCAGUAAGAAACCUAAAUUGAUUUUACAAAGUAAUCACCUAGUACCUUAAAUAGAUAAUGUUCAUUAACAGUAAUUAAUGGCAUCUUUUUUCUAACUAAAGUUAGCUAUAGUGAGUGGAUACACAAAUGAUCAAUGAAAAAUGCAUGGGUCAGAUCCUCACAAAAUGUGUAUUUGUACAUUUGAUUUUGUGUUAAGUAUACAUUGACGUUUAUGGCAGAUUUGUGCAAUACUGGCUAGCACAUGCUGACCUUAAGCGAGGAUUCAGUGUCAGUUUAAUUGUUGUCUACAGUGAAGGAAUGUCAAAGGUGAAUGGCAUUUGUGCUUCUAAAGUGGCCAUAUAACUUCACUACAGUACUGUUCUGAAGUUCAUUUUGUUUGUUGAUUUUUGCUUAAAUAGAUAAUCUCAAUCACUUUGGAAAAUCUGAUGGUUAUGCAUUAUAUGCUGUCAUGAUAGACCUGACUGUAAGGUGCUUUCUUUUUACCUGACUUUUUGUUUUCUAUUUCUGAAAGCCGUGGUCCAAAUUAGGUUUUGUUUUUUUUUGUUUUUUUGUAAAAUUACAGGGGAAAAUGAUGAUGAUUGUGACAAGCAUCAAUGGCAGAUACAGACAUAAUUAAAACUGAGUUGUUCUGAUGGUAAAUUGUUGGCUCUUGAUCUCUCUAGUGGUCUACUUACCCUAAUUCAAGUUUUCUGAAAAGAAAUGAAACAAGCAUUCACUUGGUAAGCACAGCAUACAUUUCUUUACAGUCUUCAGAUUUGUUAAAUUUAUGUCUAACGGACCAAUUACACUUUGAAGUACAUCUGUGCCUUUUAAUAAUUACAUAAUGUUGAUUGGUAUCAAGAGAAUAUUUCUGAGACAACAUUCGGUCUAUUUAAUUAGAAUCAAAAUUCCAGUGCCUUACAAUAUUUUUGUGGACCACAAUGUGAUUGCUAAAUGAUUUCCUGCAUUCGGGCCACUUAAAUUGACUUAUAAUUGUCUUAUCUCAGUCUGUAUUUGCCAUACCAUUGAAGAAAACGCAGCAAUACCUAACCAUUGAAUACACCGUUUUGAUCUCAAUUACUUAUUUGGCACCAAAAACUCAGUUGUUUGUGAGGAAAAGCACCAAAUAGGAAGAAUCUUGUAAAUGAACUGUAAUAGAUGUAUCAUUAUGCUCUGCAUUGGAAUAGUUUAAUCUAUUUUGCAUUAUUGUUAGUUGUUGUGUUGUCUUUUUGUUUUUAAUAUUAUGAAAAUGGAGCCUGAAGAUUUAUGCAAUCUUGUACAUGUAUGAGUAUGAUGUAUGGAACUGUUCAAAAUGAGUAAAAUACUAGUACAACA